AACUAUAACAGUUAAGUAACAACGGAAGAAGAAGAAGAAACAAAAAUAGGAGAAGAAAAAGAAGAAGAAGGAAAAAAGAAAAAGAAGCAGAAGCAGAAGAAGCGCGAGUGAACGUCAUACGCGCGCGCUUCCGCAAAGUAGUGACAAAGAUGGCGGCCGCCGCCGGAUCAGGCGUCGUAGUUCCCCGCAGCUUUCGGCUGCUGGAGGAACUGGAGGAAGGUCAGAAGGGAGGUGGAGACGGUACAGUGAGCUGGGGCCUUGCAGAUGAUGACGACAUGACACUGACUCACUGGAAUGGCAUGAUCAUUGGCCCCGCCAAGACUGUGUAUGAAGGCAGGAUAUACAGUCUGAAAAUAGAGUGUGGAUCCAGAUACCCAGAGAACCCCCCUCUUGUCUGGUUUGUGAACAAGAUCAACUUGAGCGGCGUACACAAUUCAAAUGGUGUGGUGGACAUUAAGGCGGUGACAGCGCUGUCCAGGUGGAAAAACUCCUACAACAUCCGGCUGGUGCUGCAGGAGCUCAGACAGCACAUGAUGAUGAAGGAGAACAACAGGCUCUCCCAACCACCUGAGGGCCAGGUGUACAGCAACUGAGGCUCCUGGUGCCAUCCCUGCCUGUCACACACACACGCACACACACACACACACACACACACACACACACACACACACACACACACACACACACACACACACACGUUAGCCAAGACUCUUGACUCCCACUUCUUCCUCGGGAGCCUCUCAUUGGACAGAGAGGGAUGCGCAGGAGAACCCGACCUCCUAACACAGAGGCCACUCAUCCAGUAAAGUUCAUGGUGCAGACCAACAUUAUGAAACAAAAAUACUGUACAUCUUACUAUAACUUUUUUUUAUUAUCUUUGUGUUCUCCAUACACAUGUAAAAUAACAGAUGAACUGAUUGAGUGUACCAGUUAUGUGUGUGUGCGCUGGAUUCUUCAUGUCAUGUGGUGACAGUUGGUCCUUGUUACAUGAGUAUUGUCAUCAGGGUUUUGAAUCAACUCACUACACAUCAAAACAGAAAGACUUCUGUAACCCUGACGGAGAUAUUGUGUUAAAUUUUAAGAUAAUUAGGAACAAACCUCGUCGUAUCUUGCAGAAACAGAUUGCCCUCACAAAGAAAAAGUGCUCUGAACAAUGUUUUGCUCGGCCUUCCAGGCAGUGUUAGUCUCAGAUUCCCUAGCUUCUGCAAUCCCGACAAUGUGAAUUUGAUUGGCCCUCCUUAAACGAGUGCAUGUCUGGUACAUGGGAAUAGACUGACAUUAGACAUUCAGCAACAUGUGUAUCAACAAGGACACUGCUGGCUAAUCACUCAUGUUCUCAGACUCGUCUUCAAUGUGCCAUAUGGUUCAUAGCGCUUUGUGAUGGUGAUUAUUAGCAGCCAGUGGGUUGGUGGUGGUGGUGGUGGUUUCUUUUUGGUUGUUUUGGUUUCCUUUUGUCUCUGGGUUGACCCGUGUACACUCCAUGGAGUAGUCUCUUCCCUCAUACAGUGAAUCCUCACUGCCCUCACAAUGUUUGGCUUUGGAUGUUUAUUUUAUAAUGGGUUGAAUCUAAUCAGGGUGUUUGUGACCUGUUGCAUGGUUUUAUUUGAAUUAAACGCUAUUACUUUU